UUCACGCAAUAACGGACUAUGGAAAAUAUAUCAAGGUGAGGUUUUUACGUGCAUUUAGUAGCACUAGAAAUUUCACUGAAAAAUCCUAAAAGCUUAGCUUUCCUGUCGAGAAGACAAAGCAGAGUGAGGGAGAAAAACAAAAGCGAGGAAUCCGAGAAUGCAAGAAAGAUUCUGAUGAAUGCAUGGAUUUCUUCGCUUUCAAAUUUGUUUUCUCUUCGACAUUCAAAAGGGUAUGAAAAAAUCCGGACAACAUCUUUAGCAUACUAAGAUUUUCCUUUUGAAGACGACGAAAAUAUUUACUGUUCUUAAUUAUUGCACCCUAAGGAUUUGGCAUUAUGAGAUCAGAUGCAUUUGCAUGGCUGAAAUUGCAGUAGGAGGAGAGAAGAAGAGGCAGUGCAAAAUCCAUAUAGAAGUUGAAUAUGUGCAGCAAUUCUUGCAACAGUGUUUGUGGAUGUGGGAGUGGUGUGAAUGUUGUUAGUAGCAUCUGGAGUUCUGGUUUAAAGAAACCGCAGAAACGUCCCAGAGUGCCUAAAAGAGGACCUGGUGUGGCCGAACUUGAGAAGAUCCUGAGAGAGCAAGGAAGCGUAGACAUAACUACUGAAAAGGGAGAUUCAGAAGGAUUUCCAUCUUUUGUGUCUCGUGCUUCUUCGUCUUUAAACUUUCAUCCAUUGCAACCUUCAACUACAACAAAAACUACUCCACCUUCUUCUCUCACAAGCAAUUUGGCUACUAAUGUUUCUUCUGCCCCAAUAUUUGAUCAUUUAGGUCCCACUACACUCCCAGCCAGUACAUCUAUGUACGGUAAAUGUGGAUCACUAGAAAGAAGUGGUGGAUCUGGUCUUGUUUCUCCGGAAAAAGAAUUCUUUCCCUUGAAUCUUAAUUCAUGUAAGUCUAAUUUGAACAUGAAUGAACCGAUUGAUGGAAAUCGAUAUGAUUCUGCCAGUUCCCCUUCCAGGAAUUUAUCUGGUGACUGGCCCUAUUCAAAAAAUCAGCACAUAAACAAUCACUACUCUGCACCUAUUACUUCUAUGACAAAUCUCCGUGGGACCUCAACAAUCGGCCCUCAAAAUCAACCAGAGCUUCCUUCAAACCAAAGUUUGUGUUACAAUUACAUGUCUAGAGUACCAGAAGAACAAAAAGUUGGCAUGAAGCGAUCUCACUCUUCAACCCUGGAAAACUCUCUGAUUCCGCCAUCGAACUUCCAUGUUCUUCCAAGUUUUUCAUAUUACAAUAGACAUCAUCAAUCAUCCAUAAAUGAUAGUCAUGGUGUUAGUGGUUUCAAUUCCACCAAGGAGUGCUAUAAGGAUGCCAAAUGGGGCAGCACUUUGGAGCUUAGUAACACAAGGUUCAAUUCUGACAUGACAGUUCCUGGUCAUGCAAAUUUCCCACCAGUUGUAACUCCUGAAGUUCCUUCACCUCCCAUGCAUUUGUUUUCAGGUGUUAUUUCAAAGGGGAAUGCGCUACCCGGCCAUGUUUGUGAAGAUAAACUAGACUCAUGCCAACAUUCAGAAUCGAGCGAACCAAAUCGUAGACCUUUCUAUAAUUUCUUAGAAGUGGAGGACUCAGAGAUGACAGACAAAAUGCAAGGGGAUAAUCUUGGGGGACGUGAAGCAGGAAGAUUUGGCAUUGAUCUGAACUUGAAGCUCUGAAUUUGUGCUUGCAAAUCUUAAAGACUAUCAAGCUCAGAUGAGUAUGCGCCAGUUUUUCAGUUUGAGUCCAACAAUAGCAUCAAGUGAAGAAAAGAGAACAGUUUCCGGGUAAUGGUUGGAGAAGAAGUUACCCGGGAUAUGCAUACUUGUCAUAGGAUGGGUUGAAGACUAUGCAUACCGUUUGAUUCAUUAAAAUCAAGAGAUGCUUCUUUGCAUCGAAUUUUCAUUUAACUUAAUUUCAGUUGUUCAGUCUUUUUGACGUUACAGUCGUUUAAGUUAUGUUUGUCGAAAUUGUAGCUUAAAGAAGUUACUUCAAAAUGAAAGUUUAAAGAGAUUUGGAAAUUUAAAUAAUACCUUGUGCUCACAUGGUCGAAUUUUUGGUUAGUGUCUUUUGUGAUAAGGCGUAUUUGCAC